AUGGAUAGAGUCUGUUGUCUAGUGUCUGUCCGGUGUCUCCCUCGGCAGUCCGUGUUAUUCCGUGAUAUUCCUGGACAGCACCAUUACUCCCCUUAUCUCCUCCCUCCCUCCCCAGCCAGGCCGUGGCUAGCAGACCAGACCAGACCACACCACAGCAAGGUUAGACAACGAUCAGCACACCUGCCACACCAGAUAAAAUAAACAUCAUACACACAGUCCACACGCUGCUUUCAUUCUUUCUCUGACAGCUCGAUAUGUUUUCAGCCUAGUUUUUACCCAUUCGAACGCACCAUCACAUUGCUUUUUCUUCAAUAUGUUUUCAUCUCCAUUCAUCUCCAUUCAUCUCCAUUCAGCUCCAUUCAGCUCCAUUCAGCUCCAUUCAUCUCCAUUCAUCUCCAUUCAUCUCUAUUCAUCUCCAUUCAUCUCCAUUCAGCUCUAUUCAUCUCCAUUCAUCUCCAUUCAGUUCUAUUCAUCUCUAUUCAUCUCCAUUCAUCUCCAUUCAUCUCCAUUCAGCUCUAUUCAUAUCCAUUCAUAUCCAUUCAUCUCCAUUCAUCUCCAUUCAUCUGUAUUCAUCUCCAAUCAUCUCCAUUCAGCUCUAUUCAGAAGCAUUCCUCUCCAUUCAGCUCUAUUCAUCUCCAUUCAUCUAAAUUCAUCUCCAUUCAUCUCUAUUAAUCUCCAUUAAUCUCUAUUAAACUCCAUUCAGCUCCAUUCAUCUCCAUUCAUCUCCAUUCAUCUAUAGGGCGGCAGGUAGCUUAGUGGGUAAGAGCGUUGUGCCAGUAACCGAAAGGUCGCUGGUUCUAAUCCCCGAGCCGACUAGGUGAAAAAUCUGUCGAUGUGCCCUUAAGCAAGAAACUUAACCCUAAUUGCUGAUGUAAGUCGCUCUGGAUAAGAGGGUCUGCUAAAUGACUAAAAUGUAAAUGUAAUGUUCAUCUCCAUUCAGCUCUAUUCAUCUCCAUUCAUCUCUAUUCACCUCCAUUCAGCUCUAUUCAAAACCAUUCAGCUCCAUUCAUCUCUAUUAAUCUCCAUUCAUCUAUAUUCAUCUCCAUUCAGCUCCAUUCAUCUCUAUUAAUCUCCAAUCAUCUCAAUUCCACUCUAUUCAUAUCCAUUCAUCUCCAUUCUUCUCCAAUCAUCUCCAUUCAGCUCUAUUCAUAUUCAUUCCUCUCCAUUCAUCUCCAAUCAUCUCCAUUCAGCUUUAUUCAUCUCCAUUCAGCUCUAUUAAUCUCCAUUCAUCUCCAUUCAGCUCUAUUCAUCUCCAUUCAUCUCUAUUCAGCUCCAUUCUUCUCCAUUCAGCUCUAUUCAUCUCCAUUCAGCUCUAUUCAUCUCCAUUCAGCUCUUUUCAUCUCCAUUCAGCUCUAUUAAUCUCCAUUCAGCUCUAUUCAUUCCAUUCAUCUCCAUUAGCUUUUAUUUAAACUCCAUUCAUCUCCAUUCAUCUCCAUUCAGCUCUAUUCAUCGCCAUUCAGCUCUAUUCAUCUCCAAUCAGCUCUAUUCAUCUCCAUUCAGCUCUAUUCAUCUCCCUUCAGCUAUAUUCAUCUCCAAUCAGCUCUAUUCAUCUCCAUUCAGAUUCAUUCAGCUCUAUUCAGCUCUAUUCAUUCCAACAGCUUAUCCAUCUCCAUUUAGCUCUAUUCAUUCCAUUCAGCUCAAUUCAUCGCCAUUCAGCUUUAAAUUUAAUCUCCAUUCAGCUCAAUUCAUCUCCAUUCAGCUCUAUUCAUCUCCAUUCAGCUCUAUUCUCUCCAUUCAGCUCUAAUCUCCAUUCAUCUCCAUUCAGCUCUAUUCAUCUCCAUUUAGAUCCCUCACUCCAUUUACCCAUUCAUCUCCAUUCAGCUCUAUUCAUCUCCAUUCAGAUCCAUUCAGCUCCAUUCAUCUCCCAUUCAUCUCCAUUCAGCUUUGUUCAUCUCCAUUCAGCUCUAUUCAUCCCAUUCACCUAUUCAUCUCAAUUCAUCUCCAUUCAGCUCUUUUCACUCCUUUCAGCUCUAUUCACUCUUUUCAUCCCAUUCAGCUCUAUUCAUCUCCAUUUCAUUCGCUCAUUCAACCCCCAUUCACCAUUCAGUUUAUCAUCUCCAUUCAGCUCUAUUCAUUUCCAUUCAGCUCUAUUAAUCUCCUUUCAGCUCUAUUCAUCUCCAUUCAUCUCCAUUCAGCUCUAUUCAUCUCCAAUCAGCUCUUUUCAUCUCCAAUCAGUCUAUUCAUCUCCAUUCAGCUCUAUUAAUCUCCAUUCAGCUCAAUUCAUCUCCAAUCAGCUCUAUUCAUCUCCAUUCAGCUCCAUUCAGCUCUUAUCAUCUCCAUUCAGCUCUAUUCAUCUCCAUUCAUCUCUAUUAAUCUCCAUUCAGCUCAAUUAAUCUCCAUUCAGCUCUAUUAAUCUCCAUUUAGAUCCAUUCAGCUCCAUUCAGCUCUAUUCAUCUCCAUUCAGCUCUAUUCAUCUCCAUUCCGCUCUAUUCAUCUCCAUUCAUCUCCAUUCAUCUCCAUUCAGAUCCAUUCAGCUCCAUUCAUCUCCAUUCAUCUCCAUUCAGCUCUAUUCAUCUCCAUUCAGCUCUAUUCAUCUCCAUUCAGCUAUAUUAAUCUCCAUUCAGCUCUAUUCAUCUCCAUUCAGCUCUAUUAAUCUCCAUUCAGUUCUAUUCAUCUCCAUUCAGCUCUAUUAUUCUCCAUUCAUCUCCAUUCAGCUCUAUUCAUCUCUAUUCAGCUCUAUUCAUCUCCAUUCAUCUCCAUUUAGCUCUAUUCAUCUCCAUUCAGUUCUAUUCAUCUCCAUUCAGCUCAAUUCAUCUCCAUUCAGCUCUAUUCAUCAUAUCUCAUCGCCUUCAGAUCCCUUCAGCUCCAUUCAUCUCCAUUCAUCUCCAUUCAGCUCUAUUCAUCUCCAUUCAGCUAUAUUCAUCUCCAUUCGGUUUCUAUUUCAUCUCCAUUCAGCUUUAUUAAUCUCCAUUCAGCUCCAUCAGCUCUAUUCAUCUCCAUUCAGCUCUAUUCAUCUCCAUUCAUCUCUAUUCAUCUCCAUACAGCUCAAUUUAUCUCCAUUCAGCUCUAUUAAUCUCCAUUUAGAUCCAUUCAGCUCCAUUCAGCUCUAUUAAUCUCCAUUCAGCUCCAUUCAGCUCUAUUCAUCUCCAUUCAGCUCUAUUCAUCUCCAUUCAUCUCUAUUCAUCUCCAUUCAGCUCAAUUUAUCUCCAUUCAGCUCUAUUAAUCUCCAUUUAGAUCCAUUCAGCUCCAUUCAGCUCUAUUCAUCUCCAUUCAGCUCUAUUCAUCUCCAUUCAGCUCUAUUCAUCUCCAUUCAGCUCUAUUCAUCUCCAUUCAGCUAUAUUAAUCUCCAUUCAGCUCUAUUCAUCUCCAUUAGCUCUAUUCAUCUCCAUUCAGUUCUAUUCAUCUCCAUUCAGCCUAUUACUCUCCAUUCAUCUCCAUUCAGCUCUAUUCAUCUCUAUUCAGCUCUAUUCAUCUCCAUUCAUCACCAUUUAGCUCUAUUCAUCUCCAUUCAGUUCUAUUCAUCUCCAUUCAGCUCAAUUCAUCUCCAUUCAGCUCUAUUCAUCUCCAUUCAGAUCCAUUCAGCUCCAUUCAUCUCCAUUCAUCUCCAUUCAGCUCUAUUCAUCUCCAUUCAGCUCUAUUCAUCUCCAUUCAGCUAUAUUAAUCUCCAUUCGGUUCUAUUCAUCUCCAUUCAGCUCUAUUAUCUCCAUUCAGUUCUAUUCAUCUCCAUUCAGCUCUAUUAAUCUCCAUUCAUCUCCAUUCAGCUCUAUUCAUCUCCAUUCAGCUCUAUUAAUCUCCAUUCAGCUCUAUUCAUCUCCAUUCAUCCUCCAUUCAGCCUCUAUUCAUCUCCAUUCAUCUCCAUUCAGCUCUAUUCAUCUCCAUUCAGCUCUAUUCAUCUCCAAUAAUCUCCAGUCAGCUCUAUUCAUCUCCAUUCAGAUCCAUUCAGCUCUAUUCAGCUCUAUUCAUCUCCAUUCAGAUCCAUUCAGCUCUAUUCAGCUCUAUUCAUAUCCAUUCAGCUCUAUUCAUCUCCAUUCAGCUCUAUUCAUCUCCAUUCAUCUCCCUUCAUCUCCAUUCAGCUCUAUUCAUCUCCAUUCAGCUCUAUUCAUCUCCAUUCAGCUCAAUUCAUCUCCAUUCAGCUCUAUUCAUCUACAUUCAGAUCCAUUCAGCUCCAUUCAUCUCCAUUCAUCUGCAUUCAGCUCUAAUCAUCUUCAUUCAGCUCUAUUCAUCUCCAUUCAGCUAUAUUAAUCUCCAUUCAGCUCUAUUCAUCUCCAUUCAGCUCUAUUCAUCUCCAUUCAGCUCUAUUAAUCUCCAUUUAGAUCCAUUCAGCUCCAUUCAGCUCUAUUCAUCUCCAUUCAGCUCUAUUCAUCUCCAUUCCGCUCUAUUCAUCUCCAUUCAUCUCCAUUCAUCUCCAUUCAGAUCCAUUCAGCUCCAUUCAUCUCCAUUCAUCUCCAUUCAGCUCUAUUCAUCUCCAUUCAGCUCUAUUCAUCUCCAUUCAGCUAUAUUAAUCUCCAUUCAGCUCUAUUCAUCUCCAUUCAGCUCUAUUAAUCUCCAUUCAGUUCUAUUCAUCUCCAUUCAGCUCUAUUAUUCUCCAUUCAUCUCCAUUCAGCUCUAUUCAUCUCUAUUCAGCUCUAUUCAUCUCCAUUCAUCUCCAUUUAGCUCUAUUCAUCUCCAUUCAGUUCUAUUCAUCUCCAUUCAGCUCAAUUCAUCUCCAUUCAGCUCUAUUCAUCUCCAUUCAGAUCCAUUCAGCUCCAUUCAUCUCCAUUCAUCUCCAUUCAGCUCUAUUCAUCUCCAUUCAGCUAUAUUCAUCUCCAUUCGGUUCUAUUCAUCUCCAUUCAGCUUUAUUAAUCUCCAUUCAGCUCCAUUCAGCUCUAUUCAUCUCCAUUCAGCUCUAUUCAUCUCCAUUCAUCUCUAUUCAUCUCCAUUCAGCUCAAUUUAUCUCCAUUCAGCUCUAUUAAUCUCCAUUUAGAUCCAUUCAGCUCCAUUCAGCUCUAUUAAUCUCCAUUCAGCUCCAUUCAGCUCUAUUCAUCUCCAUUCAGCUCUAUUCAUCUCCAUUCAUCUCUAUUCAUCUCCAUUCAGCUCAAUUUAUCUCCAUUCAGCUCUAUUAAUCUCCAUUUAGAUCCAUUCAGCUCCAUUCAGCUCUAUUCAUCUCCAUUCAGCUCUAUUCAUCUCCAUUCAGCUCUAUUCAUCUCCAUUCAGCUCUAUUCAUCUCCAUUCAGCUAUAUUAAUCUCCAUUCAGCUCUAUUCAUCUCCAUUCAGCUCUAUUCAUCUCCAUUCAGUUCUAUUCAUCUCCAUUCAGCUCUAUUACUCUCCAUUCAUCUCCAUUCAGCUCUAUUCAUCUCUAUUCAGCUCUAUUCAUCUCCAUUCAUCACCAUUUAGCUCUAUUCAUCUCCAUUCAGUUCUAUUCAUCUCCAUUCAGCUCAAUUCAUCUCCAUUCAGCUCUAUUCAUCUCCAUUCAGAUCCAUUCAGCUCCAUUCAUCUCCAUUCAUCUCCAUUCAGCUCUAUUCAUCUCCAUUCAGCUCUAUUCAUCUCCAUUCAGCUAUAUUAAUCUCCAUUCGGUUCUAUUCAUCUCCAUUCAGCUCUAUUAAUCUCCAUUCAGUUCUAUUCAUCUCCAUUCAGCUCUAUUAAUCUCCAUUCAUCUCCAUUCAGCUCUAUUCAUCUCCAUUCAGCUCUAUUAAUCUCCAUUCAGCUCUAUUCAUCUCCAUUCAUCUCCAUUCAGCUCUAUUCAUCUCCAUUCAUCUCCAUUCAGCUCUAUUCAUCUCCAUUCAGCUCUAUUCAUCUCCAAUAAUCUCCAGUCAGCUCUAUUCAUCUCCAUUCAGAUCCAUUCAGCUCUAUUCAGCUCUAUUCAUCUCCAUUCAGAUCCAUUCAGCUCUAUUCAGCUCUAUUCAUAUCCAUUCAGCUCUAUUCAUCUCCAUUCAGCUCUAUUCAUCUCCAUUCAUCUCCCUUCAUCUCCAUUCAGCUCUAUUCAUCUCCAUUCAGCUCUAUUCAUCUCCAUUCAGCUUAAUUCAUCUCCAUUCAGCUCUAUUCAUCUACAUUCAGAUCCAUUCAGCUCCAUUCAUCUCCAUUCAUCUGCAUUCAGCUCUAAUCAUCUUCAUUCAGCUCUAUUCAUCUCCAUUCAGCUAUAUUAAUCUCCAUUCAGCUCUAUUCAUCUCCAUUCAGCUCUAUUCAUCUCCAUUCAGCUCUAUUCAUCUCCAUUCAGCUCUAUUCAUCUCCAUUCAGCUCUAUUCAUCUCCAUUCAGCUCUAUUCAUCUCCAUUCAGUUCUAUUCAUCUCCAUUCAGCUCUAUUACUCUCCAUUCAUCUCCAUUCAGCUCUAUUCAUCUCUAUUCAGCUCUAUUCAUCUCCAUUCAUCACCAUUUAGCUCUAUUCAUCUCCAUUCAGUUCUAUUCAUCUCCAUUCAGCUUAAUUCAUCUCCAUUCAGCUCUAUUCAUCUCCAUUCAGAUCCAUUCAGCUCCAUUCAUCUCCAUUCAUCUCCAUUCAGCUCUAUUCAUCUCCAUUCAGCUCUAUUCAUCUCCAUUCAGCUAUAUUAAUCUCCAUUCGGUUCUAUUCAUCUCCAUUCAGCUCUAUUAAUCUCCAUUCAGUUCUAUUCAUCUCCAUUCAGCUCUAUUAAUCUCCAUUCAUCUCCAUUCAGCUCUAUUCAUCUCCAUUCAGCUCUAUUAAUCUCCAUUCAGCUCUAUUCAUCUCCAUUCAUCUCCAUUCAGCUCUAUUCAUCUCCAUUCAUCUCCAUUCAGCUCUAUUCAUCUCCAUUCAGCUCUAUUCAUCUCCAAUAAUCUCCAGUCAGCUCUAUUCAUCUCCAUUCAGAUCCAUUCAGCUCUAUUCAGCUCUAUUCAUCUCCAUUCAGAUCCAUUCAGCUCUAUUCAGCUCUAUUCAUAUCCAUUCAGCUCUAUUCAUCUCCAUUCAGCUCUAUUCAUCUCCAUUCAUCUCCCUUCAUCUCCAUUCAGCUCUAUUCAUCUCCAUUCAGCUCUAUUCAUCUCCAUUCAGCUCAAUUCAUCUCCAUUCAGCUCUAUUCAUCUACAUUCAGAUCCAUUCAGCUCCAUUCAUCUCCAUUCAUCUGCAUUCAGCUCUAAUCAUCUUCAUUCAGCUCUUUUCAUCUCUAUUCAGCUCUAUUCAUCUCCAUUCAGCUCUAUUCAUCUCCAUUAGGCUCUAUUAAUCUCCAUUCAGCUAUAUUAAUCUCCAUUCAUCUCCAUUCAGCUCUAUUCAUCUCCAUUCAUCUCCAUUCAGCUUUAUUAAUCUCCAUUCAGCUCCAUUCAGCUCUAUACAUCUCCAUUCAGCUCUAUUCAUCUCCAUUCAUCUUUAUUUAUCUCCAUUCAGCUCAAUUCAUCUCCAUUCAGCUCUAUUAAUUUCCAUUUAGAUCCAUUCAGCUCCAUUCAGCUCUAUUCAUCUCCAUUCAGCUCUAUUCAUCUCCAUUCCGCUCUAUUCAUCUCCAUUCAUCUCCAUUCAUCUCCAUUCAUCUCCAUUCAGAUCCAUUCAGCUCCAUUCAUCUCCAUUCAUCUCCAUUCAGCUCUAUUCAUCUCCAUUCAGCUCUAUUCAUCUCAAUUCAGCUAUAUUAAUCUCCAUUCAGCUCUAUUCAUCUCCAUUCAGCUCUAUUCAUCUCCAUUCAGUUCUAUUCAUCUCCAUUCAGCUCUAUUACUCUCCAUUCAACUCCAUUCAGCUCUAUUCAUCUCUAUUCAGCUCUAUUCAUCUCCAUUUAGCUCUAUUCAUCUCCAUUCAGUUCUAUUCAUCUCCAUUCAGCUCAAUUCAUCUCCAUUCAGCUCUAUUCAUCUCCAAUAAUCUCCAUUCAGCUCUAUUCAUCUCCAUUCAGGUCCAUUCAGCUCUAUUCAUCUCCAUUCGGUUCUAUUCAUCUCCAUUCAGCUCUAUUAAUCUCCAUUCAGUUCUAUUUAUCUCCAUUCAGCUCUAUUAAUCUCCAUUCAUCUCCAUUCAGCUCUAUUCAUCUCCAUUCAGCUCUAUUAAUCUCCAUUCAGCUCUAUUCAUCUCCAUUCAUCUCCAUUCAGCUCUUUUCAUCUCCAUUCAUCUCCAUUCAGCUCUAUUCAUCUCCAUUCAGCUCUAUUCAUCUCCAAUAAUCUCCAUUCAGCUCUAUUCAUCUCCAUUCAGGUCCAUUCAGCUCUAUUCAGCUCUAUUAAUCUCCAUUCAGAUCCAUUCAGCUCUAUUCAGCUCUAUUCAUAUCCAUUCAGCUCUAAUAAUCUCCAUUCAGCUCUAUUCAUCUCCAUUCAUCUCCCUUCAUCUCCAUUCAGCUCUAUUCAUCUCCAUUCAGCUCUAUUCAUCUCCAUUCAGCUCAAUUCAUCUCCAUUCAGCUCUAUUCAUCUACAUUCAGAUCCAUUCAGCUCCAUUCAUCUCCAUUCAUCUGCAUUCAGCUCUAUUCAUCUUUUCAGCUCUUUUCAUCUCUAUUCAGCUCUAUUCAUCUCCAUUCAGCUCUAUUCAUCUCCAUUAGGCUCUAUUAAUCUCCAUUCAGCUAUAUUAAUCUCCAUUCAUCUCCAUUCAGCUCUAUUCAUCUCCAUUCAUCUCCAUUCAGCUCUAUUCAUCUCCAUUCAGCUCUAUUCAUCUCCAUUCAGCUCUAUUCAUCUCCAUUCAGCUCAAUUCAUCUCCAUUCAGCUCUAUUCAUCUCCAUUCAGCUCCAUUCAGCUCUAUUCAUCUCCAUUCAGCUCAAUUCAUCUCCAUUCAGCUCUAUUCAUCUCCAUUCAGAUCCAUUCAGAUCCAUUCAACUCCAUUCAGCUCUAUUCAUCUCCAUUCUGCUCUAUUCAUCUCCAUUCAGCUCUAUUAAUCUCCAUUCAGCUCAAUUCAUCUCCAUUCAGCUCUAUUAAUCUCCAUUCAGAUCCAUUCAGCUCUAUUCAGCUCUAUUCAUCUCCAUUCAGCUCUAUUCAUCUCCAUUCAGAUCCAUUCAGCUCCAUUCAUCUCCAUUCAGCUCUAUUCAUCUCCAUUCAGCUCUAUUCAUCUCCAUUCAGCUCUAUUCAUCUCAAUUAAUCUCCAUUCAUCUCCAUUCAUCUCUUUUCAAAUCCAUUCAGCUCUAUUCAGCUCUAUUAAUCUCCAUUCAGCUCUAUUCAUCUCUAUUCAGCUCCAUUCAUCUCCAUUAAUCUCCAUUCAGCUCUAUUAAUCUCCAUUCAGCUCUAUUCAUCUCCAUUCAUCUCUUUUCAAAUCCAUUCAGCUCUAUUCAGCUCUAUUAAUCUCCAUUCAGCUCUAUUCAUCUCUAUUCAGCUCCAUUCAUCUCCAUUCAUCUCCAUUCAGCUCUAUUCAUCUCCAUUCAGCUCUAUUCAUCUCCAUUCAGCUCUAUUAAUCUCCAUUCAGCUCUAUUCAUCUCCAUUCAUCUCCAUUCACCUCUAUUCAUCUCCAUUCAUCUCCAUUCAGCUUUAUUCAUCUCCAUUCAGCUCUAUUCAUCUCCAUUCAGCUAUAUUCAUCUCCAUUAAGCUCUAUUCAUCUCCAUUCAGCUCAAUUCAGAUCCAUUCAGCUCUAUUCAUCUCUAUUCAUCUCCAUUCAGCUCUAUUCAUCUCCAUUCAUCUCCAUUCAGCUCUAUUCAUCUCCAUUCCGCUCUAUUCAUCUCCAUUCAUCUCCAUUCAGCUCUAUUCAUCUCCAUUCAGCUCUAUUCAUCUCCAUUCAGCUCAAUUAAUCUCCAUUCAGCUCUAUUCAUCUCCAUUCAGAUCCAUUCAGCUCCAUUCAUCUCCAUUCAUCUCCAUUCAUCUCCAUUCAGCUCUAUUCAUCUCCAUUCAGCUCUAUUCAUCUCCAUUCAGCUAUAUUAAUCUCCAUUCAGCGCUAUUCAUCUCCAUUCAGCUCUAUUCAUCUCCAUUCAGUUCUAUUCAUCUCCAUUCAGCUCUAUUAAUCUAUAUUCAUCUCCAUUCAGCUCUAUUCAUCUCCAUUCAGCUCUAUUCAUCUCCAUUCAUCUCCAUUCAUCUCCAUUCAGCUCUAUGCCGUUGCUUGUCUCCCUUUCUUGUUCUCUUACACUUCCUCCAGUCUCUCUCACCCUCUCUCCCGCUCUCCCUCACUGUCUCUAUCACUCCCCCUCUCUCUCUUCCUCUCUCUCCCUAUCUCUCUCUCCCUCUCUUUCUCUGUUUCUCUCUCUCUCUAACAGUAGUUUAAUAGUGUGCUAAUGAAUCAGUAAAUCAGCAAUCCCCUCUCCCCCAGGCUGUCCUGACCUUUAACCUCGAGGGUUAAGAGUUAACAUCCAGGGAAAUCACUCAGCAGCACACACCGCAGGAUAAUCAAUUCUACUGUACUAGACCACAACCUUAAACAGCAUAACACAGGGAGAAUGCUGCAACAGCUCACAGUACACACAUACUGUACGUACUGGCGUGCAUACACAUAUACAACGUCAAACCCACUCAAAAGCAAUUAUUUGAAGUAUUUGCGCCAUCUAAGCAUUCAAAUUCUUUAAGACAUAGCUGCGAAACUAAGAUUAGCCAUGAAAACAUUUCUAGGCUCAAGAAUCAAUUUGUGACUGAAUUGCAUCAUAGUACAGCUGUAACAGUAACACGUUUUUACAUGCUAGUUAGUGCUUUUGUGUCACUUUUAUUUUGUCAGGAAAACGAAUUAAGUUCUCAGGUUCCCUUUCCAUUACAUGAAAAUAAAUACAAAACCUGCAACAUUUCCUAACUUUCAUCACAUCAGCUAAUACCCCUCUGAAAUCCUCCCUUUUAACUUCCUAAAGAGAUUAUAGUUUUAACAGGCAAAGACAGAGAGGUUUUAUUUGAAGGAAGCUACAUUUCCUUUCUAAAAUUAUCCUGUUCUUUUAUAUCGCAGCUGUGAAGAAUUCAUGCUCAUGUUUAAUUUGUAAAGGCCCGUUAACGAACGUCUGGUUAACGAAUGUCUCCUCCAGCUACCUGACGAUUAAUAGGUGUUCACCAGGUGGUCCCAGGGCUUUUUAUAACAUCAGUAUGGCUAUGUUAACGACUCUCUGUCUGCCUGUCUGUCUGCCUGUCUGUCUGCCUGUCUGUCUGCCUGUAAAGUAUUGUGUUGCAGUGUGAGGUCAUUGCUAGUCUUGACAUUCUUGCUCUCACAGUACAGUAAGCGACAACCCAUUCAACCACUCUCAGAUGGAGGAAAACAGCAUAUUCACAUUUCACCAUUCGCUAACUACCAGCAAUUAAGUCCAGCAACGGCGUAGUCUAACACACUCUCUGAGCCCAGAGCCAUCGGACCAGACCGGACCACACCACUCCUUCUCCCUCAAAACACCUGUCCCCAAAUGGACAAAUAGAUCCCUAUAUCACACCCUGUGUCUCCUUCUACACCCUCGUACACCACAUGUAGACUACAACUGCUAUAGAACACAUGUAGACUACAAAUACUAUAGAACACAUGUAGACUGCAACUACUAUAGAACACAUGUAGACUACAAAUACUAUAGAACACAUGUAGACUAAAAAUACUAUAGAACACAUGUAGACUACAACUGCUAUAGAACACAUGUAGACUACAAAUACUAUAGAACACAUGUAGACUGCAACUACUAUAGAACACAUGUAGACUACAACUGCUAUAGAACACAUGUAGACUACAAACAGGGACGGCUUGUUCAAUAGGGCGAUAUGGGCGACGCACUGCCAAACGGGAAAAGGAAGGGAUUUUUUUUCUAAUCAAUUAUUUAAAAAAAAAAUUAAAAAAAAUUAAUAUUUUUUUUUUAUAAAUUUAUAAAAAAUUAUAUCACGGCAACAGCAGUUAUCAGUGUUCACGUCUGAUCUGACAGCCACUAAAUGUCAAAUCAGGCUAAAGUCGUGCUUCAAAUGGCCCCGCCCGUUUUUUGGGCGAUUUCAGUCAGGUUGAAAAUCGCCCAGAAGUCUCUCAUAGCCUGUCAUGUAAAAUCUAUUUUUUUCACAUUUCAAAGCUUUCAAUACAUUCUCUAUGGGUGUCUGUGGGCUUGCACUUACGCGCUUUCGUCAUACAUAACGUAACCACGAAUGAACGUAACUAAGAAAAGACCAGGUAGCAGCCUCAAUCAAUUCACUACUACUAUCAAAAUGGCUAGGCUUCAGUCCAACUCGAUUGUGUCUUUGAAAGAAGUUCCUUUUUGCCGGCGAACAAAUUAAGAUAAAUUGGCAACGAAACAAUUAGGACCUCCCAGACCAAAUUUAAUAAUUCAACAGGUUUCUACUAAAGGCGGAAAGUCCUACACCCGAGGAUUUUCCAAAAAUUGGUACGAACGAAAAAAGACAUUGCCACUCACUCAACUGGAUGACGAGGGAUACAGGCUAGCUGUCCGCCGCCACAACGAUGAGGUUAGUGUUGAUAAUCACAAGUUUACUGGAUGUGGAUAUGGUGUAAUAAAGGCAGUUUAUUCAGAGGUAAAUAUAUCUGGAAUCGCGUUCACGGACCCGUUCGUCAAACUCUUAGGGAGCUAUAAAUUAAGCCCCAUUACUUACCAUAUCAGAUAAGAGAAAUUGCUGCAGCUACAUAUAUUUUACAUCCUGGCCCUACAUAGUUCACUAUUUGCAUCACUUACCAAAAUAUUACAUGUGGUCAUAUAUGCUUGGAAAGUGGAGAUGCCAUAGAACGUCAAAAAAGUAAACAUUGCUGGAGACACAUUGUCGUUUUGGAGAAGACAUCGCGUUUGCUAGCGAAUAGAUUUGUUGUGGCAAAUGAACUUGGCCUGGGAAUUGCCAGGAACCUCACGAUAAGAUAUAUGCAUCAGCAUUGCGAGUCUCAUGAUUCUAUACGUAUUGCGAUUCGAUACUGUGAUUUUAUUGCGCACCAUAUGUCUGUUGCAGAGGGAUCAGAAAGCCAUGAGAACGAGUUUUGAUCAGUCAUGGAAAUAAAAGUGCUGAAAACUAAUUGGCUCCCAAUGUGAAAAGAUUGAGAACAAGCUAUGAAGGAACAAUAAUGGUGUUUUGGUGCAGGUACAGCCAACUAGCGCUAAAAUAUUGCGAUAUUGUCAAUAGUAUAUCGUAAAGUAUCACUAUGUAACUCGAUUUCUUUCACCCCAAUCCCUCAAAUUAACGGUAAAUAACUGAAUUGUUUGCCCCACAUUUAGCUAAGAUGAUUAGCUAGCCAGCUAAAAUGUUUUAUUUAGUUAGCAGUCGCAUCUACAAUAGUUUACUGUCAAUAACAUGUCUCCAAAAAUGACGUGGUGUCUCCAAUUGUGUUGACAUUUUACAAUUGCAAUGCGCAUCCAUGAGUAUCCACUUUCUGUAGCUCAGCUGGUAGAGCAUGGUGCUUGUAACGCCAAGGUAGUGGGUUCGAUCCCCGGGACCACCCAUACACAAAAAUGUAUGCACGCAUGACUGUAAGUCGCUUUGGAUAAAAGCGUCUGCUAAAUGGCAUAUUAUUAUUAUUAUUAUUAUUAUCUGAAGAGAGCCCCGAAACAUUGUGUGCAGACAUUUUAUGCAAUAAAUGAAGUAGGUUCAAUCUAGUAGUUCUGAUCUUCUGAUUGGUCCUGAUGAGUUGGGCGAGGUCACCUCCAGGCUACUGUCACUGUUGCAUUGGCUCUGAGUCGGGUUCUCUGUCUUCAAAUGUUCAGCCUAAGAGAGGGGAUUUUUGUGUGUGUGUGUGUGUGUGUUUAACAGUGAUGAUGUGUGUGUGUGUGUGUGUGUGUUUAACAGUGAUGAUGUGUGUGUGUGUGUGUUUGUGUGUGUGUGUGUCCUCAGAGCAAGAACUCGUGAGUUGGAAGAACUGAGAGGCCUAUGGCGUGGGUGUUGUCCUUGGCCACCUGCUGACAAGGCUGACAAGAUAGGACCCUUUUGUCCAUUGUUAUUGGAUAGGAACAGAACUCAUAACCAGCUCCUGACCUAAAUAGAUCUUAGCACAACAUUUUACUCAACAUAUCAUAUUCCAUAUUCACUAUAACAAAUAUAUUUACUACGACAUUAGCAAGAACCGCCACAUCCUCAGCCGGCUAAUCCAGUGUGUGAAGUUUUGCGGAGUGUUUGAGUUAGCUUUGCGAGGCAAAGAUGAAACUGAGGGCUCCACCAACCCUGGUAAGCCAACACUUUUGAGAUCAGUCAAUAAAUGCUUCUGGUAUUGACUUAUAUGCUGCCCCUGUCUUCAUGUUGUUGCUGGACAUAUCUUUUUUUUAAAUGUGUGUAGGUCACCUAAAUCAUCAGAAAAAUUGCCCCUCCUGAGAAUUUUUUCAGGAGCCGCCACUGACUACAAAUACUAUAGAACACAUGUAGACUACAAAUACUAUAGAACACAUGUAGACUACAAAUACUAUAGAACACAUGUAGACUACAAAUACUAUAGAACACAUGAAGACAACAACUACUAUAGAACACGGGAGAAGCUUGUGGGAGGUCACAAACAAAAUAUUUUAGAGGGAUGAGUUGAAAGAAUAGAACCAAGGUGGAGAAGAAGAAAGUCUAUGGUUUGAAAUCAAUCUAACCUACAGGGCAGCGCUGGUUUACCACAUGUCAGGAUAGCCAAAGAAAAUGUGACAACAGAGUAAAGGUAUGUGAGUAAAGUAACAUGAAAGGAGAUGAUGUGAGAAGCACUUAGCUGACACACAUGCACACGCACACACACAUACACACACACACGCACACGCACACACACAUACACACACACACAUGCACACGCACACGCACAUACACACACACACAUGCACACGCACGUACACACACACAUGCACACGCACACACACAUACAUACACACACGCAGACAAACACACAGCAGCAGCACUUAAAGUAGGAUCAGCAGUCAGUGUUUCCAUGGUAACCGCAUGGCUGGUCUUAGUGAUGAACACUGGGUCAGGGAGAGCUCUCAGCACCUUUAUUGCACACACACAUACACAUUUUGUUCUACAUUGUGUUAUAUACAAACUAAAAUGAAUGAUCAAGAAAAACAAAACCUUUACACUAAUAGCUAUUAUAUUUCAUUAAUCACUUACAUUUUGUUCAAUAUGGGAAAAUACUACAUUUCUCAGAAUGCAUUAGUUUAAACCUCAAAUUGACACUGAGGCCUUCAAAACGAAGCCAAACAAAUGAAAUGGUGGGUGGAAAUAUAAUUGGCUAUUCUAAGCACUAAGGUUAAAAGAGUUUAUGGACAUUGUUCCAGAGAAAAAUGGAGGUAAUACUUUAUUUGGAUAGUCUGCUCUACAGACUAUCAGUAACAUGUCAACUGCAUGUCUGUUGACUUCAACAAGAAAAUGUCUGUAAUCAAUCUACAAAUGUUCAACAAACUAUCUGUAGACUAUCAGCAGCAUUUCAACAGCAUGUCUUUAGCCUUUCAGUAGUAUGUCAACAUUAUACAGUAUACAUAAUGUAUAUAUAUAUAUAUAACAUACUGUAUAUACAGUACCAGUCAAAGCUUUGGACACACCUACUCAUUCCAGGGUUUUUCUUUAUUUUUACAAUUUUCUAUAUUGUAGAAUAAUAGUGAAGACAUCAAAACUAUGAAAUAACACAUGUGGAAUCAUGUAGUAACCAAAAAGUGUUAAACAAAUUGUAUAUUUGAGACUUCAAAGUAGCCACCCUUUGCCUUGAUGACAGCUUUGCACACUCUUGGCAUUCUCUCAACAGGCUUCAUGGGGUAGUCACCUGGAAUGCAUUUCAAUUAACAGAUGUGCAUUGUUAAAACUUAAUUUGUGGAACUCAUUUUUAAUGCGUUUGAGCCAAUCAGUUGUGUUGUGACAAGGUAAGGGUGGUAUACAGAAGAUAGUCCUAUUUGGUAAAAGACCAAGUCCAUAUUAUGGCAAGAACAGCUCAAAUAAGCAAAGAGAAACAACAGUCCAUAAUUACUUUAAGACAUGAAGGUCAGUCAAUCCAGAAAAUGUCAAGAACUUUGAAAGUUUCUUCAAGUGCAGUCGCAAAAACCAUCAAGCGCUAUGAUGAAACUGGCUCUCAUGAGGACCGCCACAGGAAAGGAAGACCCAGAGUUACCUCUGCUGCAGACGAUAUGUUAAUUAGAGUUAACUGCACCUUAGAUUAUAGCCUAAGUAGCAGACACAUCUCAAGUAGCAGACACAUCUCAAUAUCAGCUGUUCAGAGGAGACUGCGUGAAUCAGGCCUUCAUGGUCGAUUGCUGCAAAGAAACCACUACUAAAGGACACCAAUAAGAAGAAGAGACUUGCUUGGGCCAAGAAACACGAGCAAUGGACAUUAGACCGGUGGAAAUCUGUCCUUUGGUCUGAUGAGUACAAAUUUCAGAUUUUUGGUUCCAACCACCGUGUCUAUGUGAGACGCAGAUUAGGUGAAUGGAUGAUCUCUGCAUGUGUGGUUCCCACCAUAAAGCAUGGAGGAGGAGGUGUGAUGUUGUGGGGGUGCUUUGCUGGUGACACUGUCUGGGAUUUAUUUAGAAUUCAAGGUACACUUAACCAGCAUGGCUACCACAGCAUUCUGCAGCGAUACGCCAUCCCAUCUGGUUUGCGCUUAAUGGGACUAUCAUUUGUUUUUCAACAGGACAAUGACCCAAAACACACUUCCAGGCUGUGUAAGGGUGAUUUGACCAAGAAGGAGAGUGAUGGAGUGCUGCAUUUGAUGACCUGGCCUCCAUAAUCACCCGACCUCAACCCAAUUGAGAUGGUUUGGGAUGAGUUGGACCGAAGAGUGAAGAAAAAGCAGCCAACAAGUGCUCAGCAUAUGUGGGAACUCCUUCAAGACUGUUGGAAAAGCAUUCCUCAUGAAGCUGGUUGAGAGAAUGCCAAAAGUGUGCAAAGCUGUAAUCUAGGCAAAAGGUGGCUACUUUGAAAAAUCUAAAAUAUAUUUCUUAAACACUUUUUUGGUUGCUACAUGAUUCCAUAUGUGUUAUUUCAUCGUUUUGAUGUCUUCGCUAUUAUUCUACAAUGUAGAAAAUAGUACAAAUAAAGAAAAACCCUUGAAUGAGUAGGUGUGUCCAAACUUUUGACUAGUACUGUAUGCCUUCGGAAAGUAUUCAGACCCCUUGACUUUUUCCACAUUUGUUACGUUACAGCCUUAUUCUAAAAAUGAUAAAAUAUUAUGUUUUUCUCAGCAAUCUACACACAAUACCCCAUAAUGACAAAGCAAAAACAGGUUUUUAGAAAUGUUUGCAAAACUAUUCAAAAACGGAAAUACCUUAAUUACAUAAGUAUUCAGACCCUUUACUCAGUACUUUGUUGAAGCACCUUUGGCAGCGAUUACAGCAUCGAGUCUUCUUGAGUAUGACACUACAAGCUUGGCACAUCUGUAUUUGGUGAGUUUCUCCCAUUCUUCUCUGCAGAGCCAAACGUCUCAAAGCAAUCAUCUUUCUUCCCAAGAAUGUCUGCAUUCCAUAAACAUCACUAUACUGUGUUGAAUGUGAGAAGUGAUUGUGUUUCCAAUAAAACUGUUCAUAAACAGCACGACACAGAGAACCAGCCUCCUCCGUCUUCCUCAGCCCAACAUCCAUUAGUCAGACUAUUCCAUUAAACUAACAUCAUGUACUAAACCAUUCCCACCACCGCGACUGGGCUGGGAAAGUAGGAAUUAUCACCAACAUGUAAAUCAUACAUAAUGAAUAUGUAUAUAUUAACAUUUUCCAUCUACAAGUCUCCCAGAGCUGUGUGUUAAUUUGCCUCUGCGUGGGUUGGGAGGAGGAGAGGAGAGGAGAGGGGUUAGGGUAAGAGAAGCGAAGCGGGAGAGGAGUUGGUGAGGAGAGGAAGUAGGGGGUUGGGGAGGGAAGGAGAGGAGAAGAGAGGAGAGGAGAUGAGAGGGUUCGGGUGAGGAGAGGAGAGGCGAGGAGUCCUUCUCUUCUCUUCCUUCUGAGUUCGUCUUCUCAGGAGAGGAGAGGAGGGAGAGGUCGCCUUCGGUCUUUGA